AUGGUGAGCUGUUGUGUUGGACGAUUUUGUCUAAAUAAAUUUUGCUUUAUAAUAGUUAUUUUUGUAGUCGCAUUUCUUAUUACUUUCUUGCCUGCUACGUUUGUCUUGAUCCACAUAGAAAAACAACACAAGAAAACAGUAGUUAUUAAAAUUGAUCAACCAAAUAGACAGCAUGUUCAAACACAAAUCAAUGGUAUCUAUGAAAAUUUGAUUAAAUGGAAUCGAACAUAUUGUAGUUCUGCAUCCGAUCGGCGUGGACCACAUCAAAAAGUAAUUGCUAUCUCAAUUUAUGGAAAACAAUCAAAAUCUACCAACAAUGAAAUGUAUUCAUGGGAAACAAGUAUUGUAUCAUUUUUCAAACCUCUUGUUAGCGAAAUCACUGAGUUACUUCCCCAAUGGGUUCUACGUAUUUAUAUUGAUUUCGCUGGUAGUACAGAAUCUCAAAGAAACAUUUUCUAUAAUUUUUCAAAUGUUGAUAUCUGUGAUAUUAGUAACAUUCCUGUGUUUGGUUCAUCUUUAAGGUCAUUUUUACCAGGAAAAAUGUGGUGUUUUAUGCCAAUAUUUGAUCCAUUUGUGGAUUAUUUACUAUCACGUGAUCUUGAUUCGCCAAUGACUCAACGUGAAACAGAAACAAUCGAUAUAUGGCUAUCAAAUGAACAAGAAAAGAAUUUUUUCUAUAUUGCACGUGACAAUGUACAACAUGGUCUAUUUAUAUUAGGUGGUCUCUGGGGCGCAUCAUUGGUACGUGCUCGUCAGCAUUUAAUUCAAAUCUUUCAGCCUAUGCUCAUACCACGAAUAGCUAGACGUUAUAUCGGUAAAGGUGAUCAGCGAUUUCUUAAUGAUUAUGUUGGAAAACACGUUAGAAAUAAUUCAUUAAUAUUUGAUAGCUACUUUUGUACAGAAUUAGGUGGUCAACCAUAUCCUUCUAAAAGACCAAUGGAUGGAUGUUUUCUUGGAUGUAUAAGACCAUGUUGUGAUAAUCAAACAAAUACUGUUUAUCAAGGAGCUAAAAUUGAAUGUCCAAUGAAAUGUAGACCAAAAGAACAUCUUGAUUGGAUUUAUUGUUAA